CAUGGGGAAGAGGGGCAGAGACGAGAGACGGGGACCUUCGCGUCAGUACGACAACCGCCAGGCGAGGAAGCAGGCGGAGAGAUUCGAAGACGACGGGCUGGAAGAAGGAGGAAACAUAUGGUACGGCCCCCGGAAGAAGAAGUGGAGGGGUAAGGACAAGGCUGCGUCUCGUUGCGAUCCUGACGUCGACGCCGGGGCAACCCGAGGAAGCGAGGCGGGGGCGCUCGAGUUCUGCGUUUUUUUCGCCAGAGGGGCUUGCGCGCGGGGCUACAGCUGCCACAAGCUCCACUUGGUCCCUACACCGGAGGAUGACGCCCGCGAGGACAACAUGCACGACUGUUUCGGACGAGAGCGAUCGGGGGUGGAAGACGACGACCGCGACGGUGCGGGGUGCUUCUUGAAGGAGAACCGAACCCUGUGGGUGGGCGGGGUCCCCGUGUUCGACGAGGCGUCGGCGAGGGAGAGGGUGCGCCGAAACUUCGGCCCGUGGGGGCGCAUCAGCUCCGUGCGGCUGGUGAAGAGCAAGUCUUGCGCCUUCGUCCAGUACGCCCACAGAGCGAGCGCCGAGUUCGCCAAGGAAGCGAUGUCGAACCAGUCUCUCCUCACCGCUGAGAAACUCGCAUCCAACAGAGCCGCCGGCGAGAGACGGAGAGAAAAAAGCACCGGACCAAGCCGACCGCCCUCGUCAGCCUCCUCCGGCAGCGGCAGCGGCAGCGGCGUCGACGGCGGAGACGAUGGAGCCGUGCUGCACGUGCGGUGGGCCGCAGAAGACCCCAAUCCCCGGGCCGUCAUUCAAGCGAGGGCGGGGCACGCGCAGACCCUCUUGGCUGCCCAGGUGGCUGCCGGCGCCCUGCCGUCCGACGUCGCCGGCCGGCUCCCGGGGGCAGACCGCGCCCUUCUAAGGAAGGCGGGAAUGGACCCGCGCAAUCCCUCGCAGGUCGAUCUCGAGUUCCAGAACACGCAGCGGCAGUACCUCGCCGUCCAGGGGCACCGUGGGGCUAACGGCGAGUACCCCAACACGGAUCAUCAGUACCCGCCGAACGCAUAUCAUCAGUACCCCAACACGGAUCAUCAGUACCCGCCGAGCACGGAUCAUCAGUACCCCAACACGGAUCAUCAGUACCCCAACACUGAUCAUCAGUACCCGAACACAUAUCAUCAGUACCCGAGCACGGACCAUCAGUACCCGAACACUGACCAUCAUUACCCCAACACGGAUCAUCAGUACCCUAACGCGGAUCAUCAGUACCCCAACACGGAUCAUCAGUACCUGCCGAACACUGAUCAUCAGUACCCCAAGAUGGGUCAUCAAAAUCCAAGCGCAGGUCACCGGCACACGCGCCUAACCGAAGACCCCGGCGACCGACACGCGAGCACCGACGCACCAUCACUCCACAGCACGCAUGGCGGAGGAAGACAAAGCUAUCCCGCCCAACCUCUUGGCGUCAGCUCAAGCACGCCUCCUGGCAGCAGCGUCGCCAAGCGUCAGAGUUUCGAGCGACUGCCGCCCGCGGGGGAGGCGGCGGCGGGCGUAGGAGGCGGGGCGGCAGCAGGGGGGGCUGGUGCCGGCGGAUCGCUGUCGCUGCUUGGCGGCUACGGAUCGGGCGAAUCGGACUGAAUUUUUGGUUGCUUGUGGCGUGUGUUAAAGGGUGUCGUUGUUGUUUUUCCGAGGAAGCUGAUGCGUGUGCGGUUGGGCUGUUGGGGUCAUCUCUGUCGAUAGGAGUUCGAGCCGGCGUUUUUGCGCUGCCCACGCGUGAACGAAGUAUGUGCCUGCGACUGUGAAUUAAACUUGAAGCAGCGUAUUGUAGCUGCUCAGUCUUCCUGUAAAGGUCCCAAGGAAAUCAUUUUUAUCAUCCUUUGUCGUAAGAUGUGCUGCAAGUAUGGCAUUCGAGCUAUAGGCUAAGUUAACUUCAUUUCGAAGCUUAAAAUAACGCAUUCUUUUUUGCGUUUCGUAACCGCAGUAAGACGGCCGGUUUUUCG